AUGGGUACCAUUGAUGCUCGGUGGUACCCAAGAGCAUCCCUGCAUCCCUGCAUCCCUAGGGAUGUGGCGCGGGGCUACGAGAACGUGCCCAUCCCCUGCGUCAAUGGGGUGGACGAGGAGCCCUGCCCCCAGGAUUACAAAUACAUCGCCGAGAACUGCGAGACCUCCACCAUGAACAUCGACCACAACAUCACCCACCUCCAGCACUGCACGUGCCAGGACGAUUGCUCCUCCAGCAACUGCCUCUGCGGGCAGCUCAGCAUCCGCUGCUGGUACGACAAG